AUGAAGAACGACAGGCCCAUGUCGAGGGACGGCGAGUGGGAGAGUGCUUUCUUGGGCAUCGGGAAACAUUGUCCGUGGGGGCAGAGCGACAACGGCCUGAGGGGGCAGUCGUGGAUGGACGUGGUGGACGACUUCUUAGUGCCGAAGGAAAUCACCACGUGGUCGGAGGGGAAGAGCCGCAAAGUGCGGGUGGACUUCCAGCGCGGCCGGGAUCCGGUGGACAAGCACAAGCUGAGGGAUACCAUCGAGAGAGGAUGGAACAAGCGCAAGAACGCGUACUUGAAGGAGGAGAAGGACGCCGGGAAGCAGACCGGGGAAGGGACGAUGACCGCGGAGGAGGCGAACGAGAUGCAGGCGAAGGACUCUGAGGCUGUGCGGCGAAGGAGCAGAGACUGCAUGGGAACACGGUCGGGAAGGCGAAAGUCCAGGCCGCGCUUACCGAACGGGACCGAGCUUCGGGUGUCUCUGCUUCCGCGGGGGGAGCCCGGGGCGGCAGCAAAAAAGCCGGGGCACGGGGUGUUGGGCGUGAUGGCGGCUCGGCUGGGGGUGGCGGGGGGAGGUCGUCGGUCGCCAGUGGACGUGGCCGCGGAUCAGGUGCGGGUGGUGGACGCGGCUCGUCGGCCGCCGGUUCACGCGCCCACGGGCCGGCUAGGGGUGGGGGGAGCAGCUCAUCGGUCGCAGGUGGAGGUGCCCGCGGAUCAGCCGGGGGGCGGGAGGCAGGUCGGCUGA